AUGGCUGGGACAAGAAAGCAGGACAAUCCAGUCCUGACUGCAGCCAAAAGAGAAGACUACAAUGUAGUGAAAGCUGCCUUAGUUGAUCUGAAAAACAAGUCUAAAGCAAAGAAGGUUUCCUUGUGUGAGGAUAACAGUGCUGAACAAGCCAUUGAUUUGCUUGCUGAUGAUAAUGGGAAUGCUGGGACCCUUCUUCAUUAUGCUGCCCUUUGGGGGUGGACUGAUGUCAUCACUUAUGUUGUUGAAUCUGAAGGAAUAAAUGUAAAUCUGACCAACAAGAAGUCAGGCAAGACUCCCUUCAUGCUUGCUGUGGAGAACCGACAAAUGCUGGCUGCUUUGCUUCUACUGAUUCUUGGUGCCAACCCUCAAGCAAAGAAUAACAAUGGUUACACAGCUCUUCAUUAUGCCAUCAUGUGUGAUGAUGAAGAAACUGUUAGGUUCACCCAUUGGGUCAUGAAGAGGUCCAUCAAAAGUGAGUCUUGUGCCAAGGCAUACCCUUCAUUGGCAGCCUACUUGUGCUCACCAUUGUCUGGGGGUGAACAAACAGUGUGUCCAAAGUCUCCUACUGAUGUAUGUGACCCAUUGAAUGCAGAGAAUGAUGUGAAUGUAACUGCUCUUAUGGUUGCUGUGGCCUAUGGGAGAGUGAGAACCACCAAAGAGCUCUUGUGCCUUGGUGCCUGUGUGAAAAGAUGUGAUGCAGAUGGCAACACUGCUCUCAUCUUGGUCAGCCAGAUUACCAAAGUGGAGCAAAGCAAGGUCAAUUGGCUGAACAGGGAAAAUUACAACUCUGCAGAUGAAGAGAUUAUGACUCUUCUGUUGGACUAUGGCACAUGUCCCAAUGUUUCCAACUUCAAGGGUAGAACGGCAUUACAUUAUGCAGUGCUGUCUCGCAGGCUCAACUUGGUACAGCUUCUAUUGAGGGCUGGGGCUUCAGUUAAUGUCAGGGACUCUGAUGGUGCAAGUCCAAGGGACUUGGCUGUGAGGAGUGAUGAUGAAGUUUUGCGCACUUUUAUGUGCAUGUCACUUUCCAAGAUCAUCAGAGUGCUUGGAAAGAUGGCUCCUUUCCCUAGACCCAAACCAGGGUGUUCAUUGUGUGAACAACAUCAGCAGCAGCAUCAAGAAAAGCCUCUCUUCAAUCCUGCUUCCACAUGCCCUUUCCAGUUGGACUCGCCAAAUAAGCAGGCUGAGCAUUGCCAUUCAAAGCAGCACAGCCCAGUUCAAAUUUGCCCACAGCCUGUGUCCUUCAGUUAUGCCCCAGAGCCAUCUUGCCCAAGACUGAUGCCAAGUGCCCCUCCUGACAUCAGUGAGCAAAAUGAGAAAAGUUGCUCUUCACCACCUGCAGACUACAAGUAA